AUGGCGCCGACAGUACUGCACGUUCGGGCGGAGACGAAGCCGUUGGAGCACCGCUCCGCCGUGACUCCUACCAUUGCGAAAAAGCUCGUGGAUGCUGGCUAUACCGUCAACGUGGAGCGGUCUGAGCUGAGCAUCUUCCCGGACUCAGAAUAUGAGGGAACUGGUGCCACCCUUGUUCCUGCUGGCUCGUGGACUGAAGCUCCAAAAGACCACAUCAUCAUAGGAUUGAAAGAGUUGCCAGAGGAUGACUUCCCUCUCAAGCACACACAUGUUCAAUUCGCCCAUUGCUACAAAGGACAGGGUGGAUGGGACAAGGUGCUGGGUCGUUUCCCUCGMGGCGGGGGUACUCUCCUGGAUCUGGAGUUCCUCGAGGAUGAGCAGGGUCGGCGAGUUGCUGCCUUUGGUUAUCACGCCGGUUUUGCUGGUGCCGCCCUUUCGCUCAUAACAUGGGCAUGGCAGCUUGAGCAUGGUACCGAUAAGCCCGUUCCCGGCGUCACAGCAUACGAGAAUGAGACGCUUCUGGUCAACGAUGUCAAGAAAGCCGUCGAGCAGGGCAAGGCCAAGGCUGGUCGUCUACCACGGGUGCUCGUUAUUGGCGCACUCGGUCGUUGUGGUCGCGGCGCCGUGGAUCUCUGUAUCAAGGCCGGACUUGAAGAUAUCUUGAAAUGGGACCUGGCAGAGACCAAUGCCAAGCCCGGCCCAUAUCAGGAAAUCAUCGAAUCCGAUGUAUUCGUCAACUGCAUCUACCUCUCGGCCAAGAUUCCUCCCUUUGUCGACCAAGCAUCGCUCGCAUCGCCUGACCGCAAGCUGAGUGUUGUCUGCGAUGUGUCUUGUGACACCACGAACCCGCACAACCCAAUCCCAAUCUACGACAUCAACACCACAUUCGACAAGCCUACGGUCCCCGUCAAGCUCACUCCCGAAGCCAACAACAUCCCUCUGAGCGUUAUCAGCAUCGAUCACUUGCCGUCUCUUCUCCCCAGAGAGGCUUCCGAAUCGUUCAGUGCUGCUUUGCUUCCCAGCCUCCUCGGGCUGAACGAUUGGAAGAACGUUCGUGUCUGGAAGCAAGCUGACAAGCUGUUCCAAGACAAGGUAGCAACACUCCCGGCAGGCGGCCAAUAG